UGUGCUUCUUGAUGGCAUCCUCGGCGAUGCUUCCCAUGAUAGCUCCACCGAUGGUUCCGAGGAUUCCGUGAUCGGCCUUGUGACCGGCGAAUCCGCCCGCAAGACCACCGGCAAUGGCACCGCCGAGGCCACGCUCACCGUCCUGGGCUCCGCCGGGGGCACCCUGGUUGUAUCUAGAGACAAAAAUGUUAGCUAGAGCUCAUGAGUAUCAAAAUACUAUCGUGUAUAACAUACUCGCCACGCUGGUCCUGGCCGUACUGCUGACCACCCUGGUGCUGCUGGCCGUACUGGCCCUCACCAUACUGGGACUGUCCACCACCGCCGUAGUAGUCGCUAGAGGCACCACCCUGGCUGCCGUGCUGCUGCUGCUGGUGCUGGCUGUACUGGUCAUAGCCACCCUGCUGGCCAUAUCCUUGCUGCUGGCCGUAUCCGCCCUGCUGGCCGUAUCCACCUUGGCCGUAGCCGCCCUGGCUGUAACCACCCUGCUGCUGGCCGUAGUAGCCCUGGUUGUUGUAUCCGUCGUAGCCAGACAUGGUUAUGAUGUGGAUUGGGGUUGUAGAAGUAGUUGAUUGAUAGAUUGGUAAGGUUUGAUGGAGGAAGGAAGUGGAGUGGAUUUGGUAAGAUGAUGGGAAGGUAAGACAGAACGAGGGGUUCCCAGGCCUUUUAUAGUGGGAUAUUUGGCCACUGGAUAAGGUGAUCUGGC